AAUACGACUGGUCGGACAUGGUAACGUUCUACAUCGGCUGCAGUUUCUCUUUCAACCAAAUUAUGCUCGAAAACAACUUACUUACACCAAGCGCGAAAUGCGUCUCAAUGUACAAGACGAAUAUUGAAUGUUACCCCAGCGGUCCUUUCAAAUGUAAAACGAUCGUGAGCAUGAGGGCUAUGCACAAGGAUAAAUUGGCAAAAGUUCACCAGCUUACGUCGAAGUUACCAGACGUACACGGAGCACCAAUACAUUAUGGAAAACCAAGUACAAUUGGCAUUCAUGAUCUAAAUGAUUGCAUUGGAGAUAAAACAGAGUUUGGUGAAGAUGAUACCCCAGUGUUUUGGUGCUGUGGUGUCACUGGGUUAGAAGUUCUGUCCACUUCAAAUGUUGAAAAGGCUUUCACGCAUGCGCCUGGUUCAAUGUUUGUUACUGAUGUCAUUCAAGACAUACCGAAGAACACUGAAGACCCGGAAGAGUUGUGCGAAGUUAUAGAAUACAGUCCUGGCAUGUACAGCGCGUUGUCAAAGCAUGCUGUCGAUAAAUUGGAAGCGUUGGAUAAGAUCGUACAGUGUGAUCUUGGUAAAAGAGGAAUUGAUCAACUUAUCGUAAAAGGAGAUUUCAUCAAAGCUGCUCUUGCUCUUUCUCAUGCCAACAAGGUUGCCAUAGUAACAGGAGCACCGGUGCAUCAAACUCACGAGCAACCUGAUGAGACAGAUGGUCUGCCAGGUGUGAUUAGUUUAGCUGCCGCUCUACAAUCUCUGGGUAAAACCGUUGGCGUGCUAGCAGACUCCUACAGCUUCUCAGCAACCCAGAAUAUUAUUUCGAAAUGCGUAGAAACAGGGUUGCUCAAAAGCACCGUUACAGUCAUACCAACUAUAGACUUCAAACUUUUGGAUAAAAAUUCGACUCCAAAAUUUGACGUAUUCCUCUCCACUGAGAGACUCGGAAAGGCUAGAGAUGGAAAAUGUUACACCAUGCGCGGAGUCGACCUGACUUCGCACAUUGAUCCGAUAGAUAACAUCUUCCAAGAAGCAACCGAUCACCCAGAUAUUGUUACAGUUGCUAUUGGCGACGGAGGGAAUGAGAUAGGAAUGGGAAACGUGAUUGAAAGUGUAGUGAAAAAUAUUACAUUGGGAGAGAAAAUUGCAUGUUGUAUUAAAACCAAUGCCCUAAUAGCUGCAGGAGUUUCGAACUGGGGAUGCUCCGGGCUGGCUUUAGCAUUGUAUCAAGUAAUGUCGUGCCCAAUCCAUGAACGUUAUGUACGAAGAGCUGUUGGGUUCCCGGUUAAUGUGGAUGAAAUUAUGAAUGAAUCAUUGCCUACUGUGGACAGGGAGCGACAAAUAUUAGCAAUCGCCGAGAGCUUUGGUUUUCGUGAUGGGAUAUCUCCAGCAGCUUUAAUGUCAGUUGACGGAAUGUAUUUUGACAACGAACAUCAGCAGAUAUUGAAACAAAUGCUUGAUAUAGUGGCUCGAUGAUGUGUUCUUGUUGCAUAUAGUAUACAGCAUCUUUUUAACUCUUUCACCGAUUUAAUAUAAUAUUCUUCAAAUAUGCCGCUGUUGGCAAUAUUUAA